AUGUUAAACAAGAUGACCUCCUAUCAGCAGCAGCAGAUGAUGCGAGGUCCUAGGUGGAACCGGGCCUUGUCCGACCCUUUGUUUGUGCUGCUUCUGGCCCUCCAGCUGCUGGUGGUGGCAGGGCUAGUACGUGCUCAGACGUGCCCCUCUGUCUGCUCCUGUAGUAACCAGUUCAGCAAAGUCAUUUGCACCCGCCGAGGCCUGCGGGAUGUCCCUGAUGGCAUCUCUACCAACACACGCUACCUGAAUCUGCAAGAAAAUCUCAUUCAGGUCAUAAAGGUGGACAGCUUCAAACACCUAAGACAUCUGGAGAUCCUGCAGCUGAGCAAAAACCACAUACGCAAAAUUGAGCUGGGAGCCUUCAAUGGACUGGCCAGCCUCAAUACCUUGGAGCUUUUCGAUAACCGCCUCACCACCAUCCCAAACGGGGCAUUUGAGUACCUGUCCAAACUAAAGGAGCUUUGGCUGAGGAAUAACCCCAUAGAGAGUAUUCCCUCCUAUGCUUUCAACAGAGUGCCCUCGUUACGGCGGUUGGACCUUGGGGAGCUCAAACGGCUCUCCUACAUAUCUGAGGGGGCCUUUGAAGGGCUGAGCAAUCUGCGCUACUUAAACCUGGGAAUGUGCAAUCUGAAGGAAAUUCCCAACCUUAUUCCCCUGGUGAAGCUGGAUGAACUGGAGAUGUCGGGGAACCAGCUAUCCGUCAUCCGGCCUGGCUCUUUUAAGGGGCUCAUCCAUUUGCAAAAGCUGUGGAUGAUGCAUGCCCAGAUCCAGACCAUAGAAAGGAACUCUUUUGAUGACCUGCAGUCACUAGUGGAGCUCAAUCUGGCCCACAACAACCUUACUCUCUUGCCCCAUGACCUCUUCACUCCUUUACAUCACCUGGAGAGGGUGCACUUGCACCACAACCCGUGGAAUUGUAACUGUGACAUCCUCUGGCUAAGCUGGUGGCUUAAGGAGAUGGUACCAGCAAACACCAGCUGCUGUGCCCGCUGCAGCUCACCUCCCCACCAUAAGGGACGAUACAUUGGCGAGCUGGACCAGAACUACUUUCACUGUUAUGCUCCUGUUAUUGUGGAGCCUCCUGCGGACCUAAACGUGACGGAGGGAAGCGCUGCAGAGUUGAAAUGCAGAGCCAGCUCUUUGACUUCAGUAAGCUGGAUUACACCCAAUGGUUCCAUCAUGACACACGGUGCAUACAAGGUCAGAAUCUCUGUGCUGAAUGACGGCACUCUGAACUUCACUAAUGUUACCAUGCAGGACACAGGCACAUAUACAUGUAUGGUCAGUAAUUCCGCAGGUAACACAACAGCAUCUGCCACACUCAAUGUGUCCUCGACAGAGAACAGCAGCUUCAGCUACUUCACCACAGUGACAGUGGAGACCAUAGAAACGCCACAUAACGAAGGCUUCACCACUACUGUGCAACAGAAGGUGGGACCCACCCCCUCUGCUGGUACAUGGGAGUCUAUUUCACCCACCUCUACAACUACCACAACAUUUCGGACCCCACUCUCCACCCGUGCCACAGAGAAAACUUACACAAUCCCAGUCACAGAGCUGGGUGGGGAGGGCUCAUUAAACGGCUUGGAUGAGGUGAUGAAGACGACCAAGAUCAUCAUUGGCUGCUUUGUUGCAAUAACACUCAUGGCAGCUGUAAUGCUGAUUAUCUUCUACAAGAUGCGUAAACAGCACCACCAGCAGAACCACCAUGCACCCAUACGCACUAUUGAGAUCAUUAAUGUGGAUGAGGACUGUGUAACAGGAGGCCCCGGCAUGGAGGGCCACCUGACUCUGCCUCCUCUUGAGCAUGAGCACCUCAACCACUAUAACACCUAUAAGACUGCAUACAACCAUGCCUCCACUAUCAACUCCAUACACAGCUCAGCGCACGAACCUUUGUUAAUCCGGGCCAGCUCAAAAGACAAUGUACAAGAGACCCAAAUCUAA